UUAUAUUACUGCAUUAUUUAUUUUACAAUAUAUUUUUUAUACAACUAAUUUUCAACGUUAUUUUUAAAUAGUUUAUUCUGCUUUUGUGAUUGUUAUUUCCGAAAGUCCCCUUCACAUUUCGCACCUCGCGUUUGUAGUGGUAAGCUCAAAACUCAAACGGACAGGCAGUGUUGUGGUAGCGUGUCGGGCUUGACAGGGAAGUAGGGUAUGUGCAAUUAAUUAAAAAGUAUUAUUUAUUCCUCGGUGCUAUCAAGAAAAAUAUUGUCUAGUCUAUUUUGUGAGUGCGCGAGCUUUCUUAGUGCAAUAAUGGCAGUGUUUAAUUGUGGACUCGACCGGCGUUGGUGCAAGGACAGUACGGCUUUUACCGGCUUGAGUAACGAGAAAAAUACCAUGCCUUUUAUAUCAGCCAACGGUUAUUACGGCUACUUACCUGUGUAUGCGGACGAUAGUAAUGCAAUGGAAACAAAUGAUAUCACCGACAGCCUGGAAAAUCACCGCGUUGGAACUUUCCCAAACAUGACUGAAUCACCAUGCUCCGGAAAUACUAUGCAGCAUCUUUCAAAUCAUAGACCGAACGGAAGAUGUAUAGUCCAGAAAAUAACUGCACUCCCGAGAAAGCGAAAUUCAAGCGAAGAAGUGGAUGAAAACCACAAAAGAAUAAAGAAAGAAGGUCUUUAA